ACGUCAACAGCAGACAGAAGCAUGCCCCUCGCAGAUCUGAACAAGCGCGCUGACCUCUCCAAGUACGAUGAGUCCGUCGCGAAGGACAUGCCGGAGUACCCCGGCCUCGCCCUUACUUCUCAUGUUCUCCUCAAGAAUGUGCAGCUUUGGAGCACUGUCGGCUCCGUUGCUUCCUUGGGCGUGUGGCUCAAUUCCCCAGAUCGGAGCGUCUCAUCUCUGGUGCUCAAGCAGUGGCCACGCUUCGCUGGCCUUGGGGGCGGGGCCGGUGUCAUAAUGACCGUACCCAUGAUGUGCUUCAAGAUGCAGACCGUCGACCUCGAUGGAUUGGAAGACCGAACCUACAGAAUCGCCCUGAACAAGGGGGUGCAGACGGUGGACUUCUACGGCGCGAUCGGGGGGGUGAUGUCGCUUGUCCUGGGCUUGUCCACACGCAGGAUUGGCGGAGGGCAAGCUAAGGCGGGAAUUGCGAGGGUUGUGUCCCCUUGGUCGUUGAUGGCCCAGGGCAUCGCCGCAGGCAGUGUAGGCUUCGUCCUCGGCAAGGCUGUGGGGCUCCCGAUGGAGAGGCCGCUGGAGCUGCUGAACGCCCGCGGCUUCGAGGCGGACCGCGAUGUUGGCGGUGUCGAAAGAAAGUGAUGAUGGCGAUCGAUCAUGGAUGAUG